AGAUAGACAAGCACAUGCAUUCUUCAAAGAAAACAUCCACAUUUUGUUACAGUCAGAGGAAGAAGAGAAGGAAGAGGAAUGGGUGCGAGAGAAAAGUUUACGGUACUCAGGGUGACCAGAAGGCCUAGCCACCAAGGAGGACAAGGCACCACAAAAUGGAGGACAUUCAAGACAAAUGCAGGACAUGGCCAUAUAAAAGCUACAAAACACUCCUCUAAAUAUAAAUCCAUGCUUCUUAGUCCUGUUCAAAAUGGAGGACAUUAUGGAAUUUCUCCAGGACAGAAGCCGGAGGAUGGCGUGUGCUCCCUGGCGCUGCCCUCGGACCAGCAGCUGGACAGGAAGCAGCAGCAGCCGGAGGCCCAGGAGCAGCACCAGGAGGAGCGGGAGAGCCAGCUGCUGCUCAAGAGCGCCCGCGUCCAGGAGCAGGUCCGCCUCCGCAUGCUCCAGAAGAACGGAGGCCAGGCCCCCCUCGACUACCCCCGACACCUCCAAGGUGGAAGUCCCUCCAAUGGCCAGUACAGCACUCUGCAGUUCAGUUCCAGGUCCCAGACAAAUGGCACAGACCACAAGGGCUCUCUAUACCAGCCAAUCCCAAAGAAAGGUUACAGUACCAUGAAGUCUACCAGCUGGUCCUCCCGCUCAGCAGUGGAUCUUAGGCCCAGUAAGAGGGUGGCUGCUGUCAGCAAUGGUGUUGGGCCAACAGGCCCAGUUUAUGGCACAAAUUACACCCUGUCUCAAGCUGCCAAUUCCAUCACCCGCCCCAGGUCUUUCCAUGAGCGGAACUACCGGGCCCGUCAGAACUAUGACACCAUGUCCCUGCACUCUUUGCGCUUGGUGGAUGGGCCGGGCAGUCCUGGAGGUGUAGACGAUCACUACAGCAUCAUGUCAGAGCAGCUGGAUCCACUUGCUCAGGCCACUCUCUACAAAAACAGAGGAGGAGGAGGCUUCAGCAGAUCAUACACCUUUGAAAGGCAGAUGAGUGCUGGUUCCAAUGCUGUCCCAAAAGGACCUGUUGACUGGAUGGAUGGGGUGGAGGCGCCCCAGAAUAGGACUGUCAUCCGUGCACCAGCCAUGCGCACAUUGCAGCGCUUUCAGAGCAACAACCGCUCCCGCUUCAGCACUGGCUCCUACACAGGCCUCCAGGCUUCUCAGGGAGUAGUUGGAAACUCCUACACAGGAGUUGUGGAACGUAGUUCCCGGGCCCCUUCUGUGCGCAGCUUGGCUGAAUCCAACCACCAUUUGCAAGACCUGCGAGCCAUUGACAUGUACGAUGGCCACAAUACACUGAUGACCCAGCGGUCCUUCUCUGGCGGGUUUGAUGACAUUGAUCUUCCAUCUGCAGUGAAAUACCUGAUGGCCAGUGACCCUAACCUGCAGGUUCUUGGGGCUGCCUAUAUUCAGCAUAAGUGUUAUAGUGACAACGAUGCCAAAAAACAGGCUCGUAGUCUCCAAGCAGUGCCCAAGUUAGUGAAGCUCUUCAACAACUCCAACCAAGAGGUGCAGCGCCAUGCCACUGGUGCCAUGCGCAAUCUCAUCUAUGACAAUGCUGAAAACAAACUGGCCCUGGUGGAGGAGAAUGGCAUCUUUGAACUAAUGCGCACGUUGCAUGAGCAGGAUGAUGAACUGCGCAAGAAUGUUACAGGCAUCCUCUGGAAUCUGUCUUCCAGUGAUAAUCUCAAGGACCGCCUGGCCCGUGACACCCUGGAACAGCUGACCGACCUGGUUUUGACCCCACUGUCUGGCUCUGGCAGUGCUGCCAUUAUCCAGCAAAAUGCCUCUGAGGCAGAAAUCUUCUACAAUGCUACCGGCUUCCUCAGGAAUCUCAGCUCUGCUAGCCAGCAAACCCGGCAGAAGAUGCGUGAGUGUCAUGGCCUGGUGGACUCCAUGGUCAACUAUAUCAAUCGCUCACUGGAAGUGGGAAAGUCAGAAGACAAGAGUGUGGAGAAUGCUGUCUGUGUACUGCGCAACCUUUCCUACCGCCUCUAUGAUGAGAUGCCGCCUUCCUCACUCCAGCGGUUAGAAGGCCAUAAGAGGAGUGAUGGAGCUACCAUGACCAGUGAGCUGGUAGGCUGCUUCAGCCCACAAAGCAGGAGGGCCCGAGAGCUCCACAUGAACUCAGAUAUUGUGACUUUUACAGAAGUUUCUAAAGAUCCCAAGGGAAUGGAAUGGCUCUGGAACCCUCAGAUUAUUGGAGUCUACAACCGGCUGCUUCAGAGAUGUGAGCUUAACAAGCACACCACAGAGGCAGCUGCGGGGGCUCUUCAGAACGUCACAGCAGGAGACAGAAGGUGGGCAGGUGUUCUCAGCAGAGUGGCUUUGGAGCAAGAGAGAAUUCUCAACCCGGUAUUGGACAGAGUCCGCACAGCAGACCAUCACCAGCUUCGCUCACUAACGGGUCUGAUUCGCAAUCUGUCCCGGAAUGCACGCAACAAAGAUGAGAUGUCAACCAAGGUGGUGAGCCAUUUGAUUGAGAAGCUCCCAGGCAGCCCUGGAGACAAGUGGCCUCCAACAGAUGUGGUUGUCAACAUUAUUGCAGUGCUGAAUAACCUGGUAGUGGAAAGCCCGAUUGCUGCCCGUGAUAUUGUCUAUUUUGAUGGCCUGCGGAAGCUCUUCUACAUCAAGAAGAAGAGGGACAGCUCAGAGAGUGAGAAGUCUUCCAGAGCUGCUACCAGCCUCCUGACCAACAUGUGGCAGUACAGCAAGCUUCAUCGGGACUAUAAAACGAAGGGCUAUCGAAGAGAGGACUUCAUAGGUUUGUAAAGAAAAGAGCACACAGAAAAUGGGACUGUUCAGGUCUAAUUCUUCUCCAUAAAAUGUGUCUAUGAAGCUCCAUUAUGGACUGUGGCCUUUACAUCAUGAAACUCUUUCCUUGCAGUGCCUUUUUAUAUGUAUAUAUAGAACUCAGCCCAGUUUGUCUGAUGUGCCUUAUUUUUGCACUCUUUUUUUUGUUUCUUUUUCAAGGCUCUUUAAAUCUCAUUUUCCUCUUGGCCAUUUUCCGUAUCUUAUAAAGGUAUUCCUUAACUCUAAAGAGGCGAGUCAACAUCCAAGCAAAUUUUCAGGACUCCUCCAGAGUCUGCAUGAAACUCUCAUUAUUCACAUCUUGUACUGAAUGUCCAUGGACUGCUAUGUUUCUUCGGAAUUUGUGGAUGCUGAUGUCACAGCAGGAUUUCCAGGCUUGUUCAAGAUACUGAAGAAAAGCCUCCCAGGGUGCUUGAGUCAUCCCUGGCUACUUCCAUAUGUUUUAGUGUGUGCCUCUUGUUCUCAUCUCCGAAUACUCUUGUUACCAAUUGCUCAUGCCACCCACACAUCCUAUAGACCCUUAGAAAGGAAUGGCUUGCUUUUAAUUUUAAAGAAUUUAGGAUAUCUUAUGAGGAAUGGAUAAUGGUAAGCUUAUACAUGGGAUAGUAAUAAAAGUCCACUUGUUUCUAGUGGCAUUGGGUCAAUGCUGGUGAAACUUUCUAGACUCAUGCAAAGUUACACUGACCAAGAGGUCGGUACCCUGCUUUGCAGUGUAGAUCCAUGCAGAGCUGUGGGUUGGGGAUCACUUUAUAUGGACCGCAACUUACAAUCCACAAAUGUGAUUUUUCCAUCCUCAAGCUCUUUAGUGGAGAUAGGUGGUGGGCUUUUUCAUUCACUUAGUUUAUUAGGUCAGAAGCAAUGGGGGUUGUGAAGACAGAAUUAUCUGAAGCGACACACCAAUUAGCUCUAAUUCUCAUUAGUUUAUAGAGAGUCAGAAAAUCAAGAGUGGAGAAUCUCAGCCCCUGGGGUGGAAUCUGGCCCUCCUGCGAUCCCAGUCCAGCCCUUCUUCAUGCUACCUUCAUCUUUCCAGCUUUUGUAUGAGACUUUCCCCAUUCUAAAAGGUGGAUAUGUUUAAGUUGAAAUAUGUUAUUUUUGUUGCUAUGUUUUUCCACAAUCCACUACUAGAAUGUAUUCCUGAGAAUUUAUCUGAACUACCUCUUGGGGUGAAAGACUUCACCACUCUUACUAUAAAAUAUGGGGAGAGCAAUUGUGGAAAAGGUGUACUGGCUGCCUUAGAACCUGCUUUCUAAAACAGCAUCCUCAAGUUGGCUUUUGGCCAGUCUUGAGGUGGUUUGUAUAUUAUUUUCACUUCUCUCUCUGCAGGUAAGAGUAUCUUAGUGGAUGUGAAGUACCUGGGAUUGGUUCAUAUUGAAAUAUAUUUAAAUAUAGAGCAAAGUUAUACAUUUUGGUCCAAAUUAUUAACCUAGAGAUUCAUUGUUGCAUUCAAAGUUAUGUCUCUCAAUUUUCAGCAUCUCCAACAGCACCGAUGGUCACCUUGUUAGAUAAAGGAGAAUCCUUUGUUAAAGGGAAUAGUCUCCAUAGGUGUGGAAACCUUAUUUUGUAGAGGAAAGCAUCUUUUGUGAGCCUCAGGUAGAAAUCUUAAUAGUAUGUCACUGUGUUUAUACUUAGCAUUUUCCUCUGAUACAGCAGGAAAGAAUCGAGCUAUUUAUCAGAAACAGAACUUGUAGGAGGAACAAAGACUGGCUCUGUGAGAUUUGUGGGAUGAGUAUUAGAACAGACACAUCUUGUUAGUUAGAGGAUACCUAAAAGCCACAAAGCUGUGUUUGUAUGUAUUAAAGGAAGAUCCUGCAUAGCUAAUACCUGUCAUUACUUGUUGCUAUUAAGAAAAAGCAAAUCAAGCAAGGAACAACAUGACUGGAUUUUAAAAAACCAAACAAACCAUAGAAUAGUAGUGCACACAUUGGACAGCUUAAUAAAAGAAGACAUAGUACCAAACACAAGAGUUAAACAUCCAGUAAGAGGCAAGUUGUUUUUGUUGCUUUAUUAACCACUUUACUAGACUGCCCCUUCAGAGUACUGGGACAAAGGGACAUUGCCACAAAGAAAUUGCUGGGAUGGCAGCAAGUCAACAUAGUUUCACUUAUGCCCCAUGUUGUGGCCUCCAGAUUCUGACACUAGUAGUGUCACUACAAACCAUGUGCAUUAUUACUUGUAGAAAGCAGUAUUGGUGUGCCUUAGUUUCCCAACUCACCUUCCUCCACUAAAAGCCAUUGACAAGAUUUCUCCACUUUAAUAGUUGAACUCUUGACUGUACUGCCUUUCACAUAAACCAGCAGCAGCCUUGUUUUAUAUACAGUACAUAGCCCUUGGUAUCCCAUCAAAGGGAGGAAUGCAUGCAGUGCCUUUUAUGGCUGGCAUCAGGACUGGCCUUUGACUCCAAUAUUAGAAUACUGGGAUUCCCCCCCCCCUUUCUCUAAGCUGCUUUCUGCAAAUGUUAAAAUUUGGAUAUAUGUAGCAAAGAUUUGGGGUCAUAUUUUGGUCAGUCACAAUGGGGAGCCAAUAUGGUUUCAAGCGGCAACAAAAGCAAGUUGCCCUGUAUAUACUGUAUGAUAGAAUAGCCUCCUGUAGACCUAUAGGGGUUUGUGUGCAAUUUGGGGGGGGGAUUAGGUAGUGUUUUUUUCUGGUAAAGAUGCUUUCCCCUAAUAGAUCUUAACUUGUAGGCCCCCCUUGCUUGCAUAGGUCCUUGAAAAUUAGAACUGGGUGACUGAUGCACAGAAACUGAAAAAGGAAGAGGUGUUGUUGUUAUUGCUUAGCACCCGACAGCUUCCUUUUGAAACCAUCGGCUUGAAAUAUCUCCCACCAGUUUCCAUAACACCUGACCCUCACCUGAUUUUUGCAGCUUACCCUGUGCAUAGAAAACAAGGAUGCAGUUUUCCUUAAUUCCUCGGUUAAGAAAGAGGUCCUUGUUGGUGUACCUUGUAAGUACACCCUUCCAUGGUGCUCAGUUAAGAAAUGACCACAAACUGAGUUCUCUCUUCAGAAUCAGGUCAGAGUGAGGAGGGAUUAAGAAAGAUGCAACAAAUCCACUAUGGUGAAUGAGAACAAAUAGUUCCACAAAUUCAGCAGGUACACAAAAUUACUACUAAUUUGGCAGUUUGAUGCUUCUAUUGAUUCUUUAUAUAUUUAAGAAACCCAGUUUGGCUCCCCCAUAAAUCUACAUACAUCCAUUUCCUGCUUGCUAUAUAGUAACAGUUGCUACUGCAACUGCAACCCUAUCUGAGAAGUCUGUUUACUCUAUGGCUCCCAAUAUUUGGCCCUCCAGUUGUUUUGCACUUCAGUGCCCAGAAAUCCCAGCAUGCCAGAGAGCUGAAGUACAAAAAAACUUGGGAGGUUAAAAUCUUAAAACCUGCUGUUCUAUCACUCAAAAAGAAAAGUUGACCAUCCAAUGAAGACAACCUAUGGUGCAGCUUACAGAUAAAAUGUCAUUAUGAUCAAAAACCAUCAUGAACAAAGCAAAUAAGUACUGUUUGCUUCUAUGAAUGCAAGUCUCAUAGGAAUAGAGUGCACUGUUUUAAAACAUGUCUGUGUUGGAGGAAAUAUUUGGCCCAGAAAUCUUUACAGCAUUGCAGUUAACUUUGCUUUAUGAGAGCUUGAAGCAUGGAAAGAUAGGGUGGUAUCUGUUAGUGAUAUAUGUAGACAUGAGCCCACACGAGCCUGAAUAUAUAAUAUAUAUAUAUAAAGAGAGAGAGAGAGAGAGAGAGAGAUCUGUUUGGAGGUUAAUCUUCCCUUUCUCCCUCCAUAACAACCAAAGACCCCCUGCCCAAGUGACUAUACAGCUAGUGUAAACAAGAAAUAUGCAUUCCCCCAGCUAUUACCCCAUUGUAAGUCCCAGAAUCUCCAGACUAUUGGCUAUGCUGACUAGGGCAGCUGGUACCUGUAGUUGUACAUGAUGUACCUGCUACUUGAAUAGAUGCAGUGGGACAUGGGCCACCUGUUGCUUUAGAAGACAGCAUUUGGAGUGGUUUAGCUUUCCUCAUGCUUACACCACAAUGCACAUUGGCAAAAUCUGCCUUCUAUUAGAGGUAAAAGAGUACUGUCCUUUGUAUCUGUUUACUUCAUGAAUUCAAAUGGAUAAAUCUUGUUCUGGGUGUGAACUGUGUAUGAUCAGACACAGAGGGACAGUGACAGAGACCAACCUGUCGUUCAGUUUGGGCAUACUCAGCUUUGUACUCAUUUCAGUGCAUACUCUUGUACACUCAGAAGACUCUGCUGUAUUACUAAAUAAAUAUAGAUGCUUUGACCAUUGA